AUGUCCGCUGUUGGUUCCCUACUCUUCUGCCUAGAUUGCGGUAAUCUUUUGGACAACCCAUCGACUGUUUCAGGCAAUGACAUCUCCUGUUCGCAAUGCGAUGCUCGCUAUCCUAAAAGCUCCUUCUCGAACCUGAAGGUCGUGACCUACACUGCCGAUGAUGCUUUCCCCUCGUCACUCAGGUCGAAGAAAUCUGUUGUAAAGACUACACUUAAAAAGAAUGAACUAAAGGAUGGCGCCACUAUCAAAGAAAAAUGUCCCCAGUGCUCCAACGACGAAAUGCACUAUCACACGUUACAGCUGAGGUCGGCGGAUGAAGGUGCUACCGUCUUUUACACCUGCACUUCUUGUGGCUACAGGUUCAGAACUAAUAACUGA